GAAGAAGAUUCAAGAAAACGCAAACGAGAAGAGUUUGAAUCGAUCGACUUUGAAUCGCGAGAAAUGAAAAUAUUUCCUACGACAAGAAAGGUUAACAAGAAGUUAAAAGGCCAUUCGGAUGUUGACGUGAAUGAUUCUGAAACACAAUUUUUCUGGUCCGAAUAUUAUCAUGUGUUUGGAAAAGCAAAUCCUUUGAGUGAGUUUGAUUGUACAUGUGUUGGUAGAAUCUUGAAACCUAAGAAGAAAAUAAAGUUGAAACACGUGAAAAAGGUUGUUCAAGAUGACCUGAAUGAAGGAGUUAUUGCUAAAAAUCAUAUUAGAUUUGUUGCUGGGAAUGCUGGAAUUACCAGGUCAGCAUUUAAGUAUUGCAGACGCAAGCAGAUUUUUGUUCUAGAAGUUCUUAAGACCAUAGAUGAUGUAGUUGUACUCUAUAAACCUUUCAAACAUAAUAAAGAAACCUUUUUAAUGUAA